GGUGCCCAAAUGUAAAUAAAAGCCAAGCAGUAAUCCUAAACUUCCAUGGCACAAGUACCAGGGUCUCUCUCUACUGAAACAGAGGCGCUGAGCCAUUUGAUGAGCCUGGUGGAGGCCUUUCGGGCUUUUGAUGGAGACAAUGAUGGGUUGAUCUCUGCUGCAGAACUGGGUGGAAUCAUGGGGUCGCUUGGCUACAAUCCGAGCGAACACGAUGUGAAGACAAUGAUGCAGCAAGGAGACACUAACAGACAUGGGUUGCUGAGCAUUGUGGAGUUUCUGAAGAUGAACACCCAGGACAUGGAUCUAGGGGUCCUGGGACCUUUCCUCAAAAAUGCUUUUACACUUUUGGAGGCAGGUGUGGAGGAAGACGACAAGGUGACCGGAGAGGAGCUGCAUGGAGUUAUAGGGGAUAUGGAAAUAGAGUUAUCUUUGGACGACUGCCAGGGUAUCAUUGCUGCCAUGGAUGGGGAUGGCGAUGGAUGCGUUAGUUUUGAGGACUUCAAACUCAUAGUUCAAUCCCUCCUCUAGAUCAUUCCCGUGUUCUAUAUGCUUAAUAAACAACUAGUAAUUACCAAAUAAUACUCAGCUCAAGUUCCUUCA